AUGUACUCAAGCGUCUUCCUCCUCCGGUGGGCAGCCACAUUAUUGGCGUCAACCUCUGCUGCCUACGCCGCCCCCGCGCAGCAAGCCCCGGCACUGCAUCCAAGAGCCGACUUCAAUAUCCUCGUCGGCGGCAACGUCUCCCUCCGCCUCAUGCCCCUCGGCGCCUCAAUCACCUACGGCCUAACCUCCUCCGAUGGCAACGGCUACCGCAAGGUUCUCCGCGACCUCCUCGUCGCCGACGGCAACCCUGUUGACAUGGUCGGUAACCACCCCAACGGCACAAUGGAAGACAACGACAACGAGGGCUGGUCUGGCUUCCGCAUCGAGCAGGUCCUCGCAAAGGCCAAAAUUUCCGUCCCGGAGACGCUCCCGAACCUGGUCCUCAUCAACGCCGGCACAAACGACUGCGCGCAGAGCUACGACACGGAUAACGCGCACGUGCGCAUGCUUGAGAUGAUGAACUACAUCUGGGAUACCUCCAAGCGCGCCACCAUUGUCCUCUCUACCCUCCUCGUGAACGGGAACAACAACACGGAGGCGUGCGUCCUCAAGGUUAACGAGCAGUACAAGACUCUCGCCUCGGAGCAGCAGGCGAUUUCCAAGAAAGUCGUCCUCGUGGAUAUGCACUCCGACAAGGGCCCGCUCAAGAGCGAUCUCGUCGACGGCACUCACCCCAGCGACGCGGGCUACGCCAAGAUGGCGCACAUCUGGUUCGAUGGCAUCAAGGAUGCUGCGUCGCGCGGAUGGCUCGAGUCCCCUCAGCCUCUGCCUGAAAGCAAGAGGUCCGAAUGA